GCAUGGUGAGUGGGGAAUGGUUAGGGUUAAGGUAAGAAAACCAGUGUAAGCCAAUCAGAGGCAGAAAAAUGCGGGCCACGAGGCACGUACUGUGACGUUGACACUUCUAGUGGAUCUGAUCUAGCAUCUACCGAGGAAGUGGGGCGGUGAGACACCGGCCGCCCAAAGUCCAUCCCUACUGCAGUAACAGAGAUCAGAUGUGACUGAAAUGCUGCUGGAACGUCAGUAAAACAUUGGACGGUGCUAUUUUUGGAGGACACAAAUACAAAUACCAUUAUGGGCCAGCUGUUUUCAUCAGAAGAAGAGCUUUCUCAAGUGAAGGAUGCGAUUGGUUCUCUUCUCUACGACGCCAUGUUGGAGGGCGAUGCCAUACCUGACCUCAGAGUCCUCCACCCUCUUCUCCUAGCCAAUCACGAUGAGAGCCUUGACUCCCAGGCCGCCAGCCUCCAGGAACAACUACAGCAGCUGCAGGGCGACAUUGGGAAGAGGGCGCCAACCUACCUGAAGGAUCUGAUUGGCCGAUUGUCAUCCUUUUCAGAUGAGCCACGCUUGGCCGGCCUUGUGGGAUUGGUGGUUACUAUGGUGAUGGACAUGGCCUACACGUCAUCGAAACAGUCAUCAGGUGUGAAAGGGAAAUCAGCGGGGUCAUCAUCAUGCCAGCAGAGAGUUUGGGAGCUCCAGGAGGUGAUGGAGGAGUACCUGAAGCGCUGCAAGAUCAACCUGAGUGACAAAAGCAGGCUGAUCCAGGACUCCAUUAGACUUGAGGCCCAGCUCAGCCUCACCCUCACCCAGCUGAAGACCUGUCUGCUGGGAGGAGACUGUGACUCCAGGUCUCUGAGGCACUGGGCCAGUGGAGCAGCAUUUCACAGCCAGAUGUUGGUUCACUUGGCAGGUUUUGAGGGCCAGGCUGAGCCCCUGGCUGCAAGGGCUGCACUGGAGCAAUACAAGGAAGACCUCACACAGAUCAUACCUGCUUACAGGCGAUAUAAGUCUAAUUCAGUGUGUGUUGUGAAAUGUCGAGGGGGUCUGGCAUCAUGUGACCCCUCCAGCGAGGUGCCAGAGGAGGGAUCCAUGACGGGACUCACUGUGACAGACAGCGAGACAGGAAAGAGUGUGACCAUCCCUCUAUCCGCUCUGAAGACAGAGAUAGGGAGAAGAAGGAGCGUCUCUGGGCUGGAUACCACUUCUGCAACUGUGUCCUCCUCCAUUAACCUUGACCUUAUCACCUCAGAUCAGUACGUCCAGGCAUACCUGCACCAUUUGUUCUCUGAUAAGGGACCUGUGGCAGAGCUGGAGAACUACUUUAUCAAGGCUAGUGGCAAUCUGAGAACAUUGAAAAUUGAACAAGGCUGUACAAAUAAAACGGGUGCAAAAUGAUGUAGAACAAAGUGGAGUGCAUUAUCUUAAUAAUCGGGCACAAGGCAUUGAUGGAGAACAAAAAGUGGACAGGGGCAAAGGAGACAAUUGGGGCAAGACGGACAGGAGAGCAAGACGAGACGGAGGAAAGUGAGCAGAGAGAUGAAAGUUUGCAACGGAGUAUUGUGGAGAUGCAGCCGGAUGAGAGCCUCAAUCACCAUGCAACAAGUACACGAAAGCCAUAUCCAGACAGCAGCAUCAUAAAGUGCCUGUCCUUUAUUAAAGAGAAACAUUAAACUGAACUAAACUCAGAAACAUGAAGGAUUUUGCAUUGUUGUUUGUAAUUUAUUCAGAAAGCUUUUAACUGACUGCUGUAAAGACACUGAAUGGUGGUUUUGCUGAUUUGUCUGCAAUGAUGUUAUUUACUACACAAGUGUCAGCCUUUGCCAAAUAUGAACUUUGUGAUUUCUAUUUCUGUGAUUUCUAUUAUUAUAAUAUAAUUUAAUAACACAAAGGAAAUUUCAUCAAACCUUUACACCUUUCAAGGAAAGAGUUUGGUUCCGUAGUAAAGCCAUUUUCAGCUGCACUUU